CUAUAAUUAGCUAUGGGAAGUCAAAAAUAAGAAAUUAAUUGAGACAAGUCAGUAUUUAUUUAUCACCUUCAGCAAAUUCGCCGACGUUUCAGUUGCCGGUUGCUGUCUCCGAUUCCGGCGACGAUGAAGCUCUCGUUUUCUCUCUCUUCAAAGCCAUCUUCAAACCUGAAGAAGAAUCCGUCUUCUCAGACGUUCUCCGGCGACGAUCCCCGCAGCUCCUCCAACCCCAUCGAAAAAGAGUACCUCACGGAAUUCGACCCUUCUAAAGCUGCGGCUAGUUCUACCAAAGACACACUCAUAAUACCUCCAAAACAGAACGAAUGGCGCCCCAUCAAACGGAUGAAAAAUCUCGAAGUACCUCUCCAAGCGGAUGUCUCCGCUGCCGAUCAACCACUUCAAUUCGAACUUGACUCUGGCGCUGCUGUCGAACCUUCGUCAGAUGGAAUCUCUUACGGCCUCAAUGUCCGUCAAUCAGAAAAUCCUAAUUCCAAUCCUAAUCCUAACCCGAGCCUGAACCCGAACCCGAACCCCAACCCCAACCCUAAACAGACUAUUGAUCCGAUGUUGCAUAAGUUUAAGGAAGAUUUGAAGAGGUUGCCAGAGCAUAACGGGAUUGAUGAAUAUACUGAUAUGCCAGUGGAGGGAUUUGGGGCUGCUUUGUUGAAGGGUUAUGGUUGGGUUGAAGGUAGAGGGAUAGGUAGGAAUGCGAAAGAGGAUGUUAAAGUUGUUGAGUAUAAAAGGUGGACAGCUAAAGAAGGGAUUGGAUUCAUACCUGAAGUACCAAAAUCUAACAGUAAGGGUGAAGGAGGUGUUAAACCGAUUAAAAGUAAGGGUGAAGAAGGUGUUAAAGUAGAUCACAGUGAUGGUAAUGUUGAGAAGAUAGAUAGAGAAAAAGGAGGGAAAGGAUUAUAUGCAGGGAAGGAAGUGAGGGUAGUGAGAGGAAAGGAAAUGGGGAUGAAAGGAAAAAUUGUGGAGGUGAAAAGCAGUAGGGAUUUGGUGAUCUUAAAGCUUGCGGACAAAGAGGUGAAGCUUCAGGCACGGGACUUGGCUGAAUUGGGUUCAGUGGAGGAGGAGAGGUGUUUGAAGAAGUUGUUAGAAUUGAAGAUUAAAGAAGAAAAGAGUAAUCUUGAUGGAGUUAGAAAACUGUCAUCUGGAGGUAGAAGUAGAGACGAAGCAAGGACGGAAAGGAAAAAGGAAAGCAGAAGAAGUAGAGAUGAAGGGAGUGAUAAAGUAUCUUGGCUUGCUAGUCACAUUAGAGUUAGGAUCAUAAGUAAGGAUUUGAAAAGGGGAAGAUUGUAUCUAAAGAAAGGGGAAAUUAUGGAUGUGGUUGGACUGACAAGUUGUGAUAUAUGUAUGGAUGAAACUAGGGAGUUGAUACAAGGUGUGGAUCAAGAAUUGCUUGAGACAGCUCUUCCAAAGCGUGGUGGUCCGGUUCUUGUUCUGUAUGGUAGGCACAAAGGUGUGUAUGGCCACUUGGUUGAGAAGGAUAGUGAGAAUGAGACUGGAAUUGUCCGAGAUGGUGAUACAAAGGAGUUACUCAAAGUGCGACUUGAACAAAUUGCUGAGUAUCUUGGAGAUCCGAGCUAUAUUGGUUAUUGAUCCCAGUCCUAGUGUAGAAUUUGGCAUUGCCAUGAUGAGGAAUUACUAUUCAAAUCAAAGCUUUGAUUACAUUUCCUUGAGCCGAUGGUCUAUCGGAAACAACCUCUCUACUCCACAAAGGCAGGGGUAAGGUCUGUAUACAUCCAUACCCUCCCCGACUCCAUAGCGGGAUUACACUGGGAAAUACUGGAUCAUGAAGGUGCUGCGGUGGGUCACAUUUGCUGAAGAAGACUCUCAUGUUGCUUAUAUAUGAAUUUUAGCUCAUCCCGAUGGUACAUUUUGUAUCUGCCUGAAUUUCUUUUAUACAAGGGUUCUAAUCCGUACUGCUGAAGUAUUACAAUGAGAAGCAUUUUUAGAAGGCCCAAAUAUUCUCAGUA